AUGGCUCUGCACGACGAUGAAACCAAUAAUUCUAUUAAAUUUGGAAAGCUACUAGCAACCCCGUCCAAAGGAGAUGAAGUAGUCAUUUCUGGUAUAUCGGGUCGUUAUCCAGAAAGUGCAAAUGUUACCCAAUUUGGACAGAAUUUGUUCAAUAAAAUUGACAUGUCAACUGACGAUGAUCGACGAUGGAAAUCUGGACACCCUGACAUUCCUCCACGAAGUGGCAAAAUUCCAAACAUUGAAAUGUUUGAUGCUGGCUUUUUUGGUUAUAAUCAUCUUCAAGCAAGUCAAUUGGACCCUUUGUGCCGAAUAUUUUUAGAAGUAGCCAUUGAGGCUUUAUUUGACGCUGGUGUCCAUCCCUCUGAACUCAAAGGUACUAAAACAGGAGUUUUUGUAGGCGACUGUUUGAGUGAAUCAGAGCAUUAUUGGUAUAGGGAUAACCUAGUGCCAAAAGGCUUUGCGAUACUGGGUAACAUACACGCCAUGAUAGCCAAUCAUCUCAGUAAGUUUUUAAAACUCAAAGGGCCCUCCGUUAUAUGUGAUACAGCCUGUAGCAGCUCUUUAUAUGCAUUGGAAAAUGCUUAUAAGGCAAUUAGAACCGGGCUUUGUGACGCAGCUAUAGUAGGUGGUACAAAUUUGUGCCUACAACCCUAUUUAACAUUGCAGUUUGCAAGACUAGGAGUUUUGAGUGCCAAUGGCCAAUGCAGACCUUUUGAUAUUGACGGAAAAGGAUAUAUGCGUUCGGAAGCAAUUUCAGCGGUUUUUCUACAGAAAUCUAUGGAUUCCAAGAGAAUAUAUUCAACUAUAUUGCACGUUAAAACAAACUGUGAUGGUUUUAAAGAUUCUGGCAUCACAUACCCAUCUGGUGAUGUCCAAGUACAGCUCUUCGAAGAAUUCUACAAAGAAUGCGACUCGGUAAAACCUAGCGAUUUAGAUUUUAUGGAAGCUCAUGGUACUGGUACCAAAGUUGGAGACCCUGAAGAAAUGCAAGCCAUUGACCAAGUAUUCACAAAAGAUCGACAGACUUCCUUUUUAGUUGGUUCUGUGAAAUCUAAUAUUGGGCAUACGGAACCAACUGCAGGUCUAUGUUCCGUAACAAAGGCUAUCAUCGCCUUUGAGACUGGAAUUAUACCACCGAAUAUAAAUUAUGUAACUCCCAGGCCUGAAAUUAAAGGAAUACAUGAAGGACGAUUGAAAGUUGUUACUGAAAAUACUUUACUUACUGCCAAUCAAAGUUUAAUUGGUGUGAAUGCCUUUGGUUUUGGUGGAGGCAAUGCUCAUGUUCUUCUGCAAAGAAAUCUAAAUCAAAAAAAUGGCAACGGCAUCGCCAAAGACAAUAUUCCUAGAUUGGUGUGUGUCAGUGGUAGAACAUCUGAUGCUAUCGAUGUUUUGCUAGAUGAUGUUAUUGCUAAUAAUGUUGAUGUUGAACAUAUUCGCUUGCUACAGGAAAUAUUCAGAAUAAAUGUUCCUGGCCAUGUAUACAGAGGUUAUACGCUGGCAACCAAAUUCGGCGAAAUUUCUAGAUCUUCUUAUGAGUGUAAAGAUUUACCGUCCAAUUUAGUAGUCUGUUUUGGCAAUAUAAGCGAAGACAUAAUAAAAAAUGCUAAUAAUUUUUUAGAAGUUCCAAUUGCUGUAUCUACGCUCCAAGGAAUUCACGAAAAACUAGGACCAAAAGGCUUGAACAUACUAAGUAUUUUAUAUAAUUCAUCAUACAAUUCGAUCUUAGAGAUAAUAAUGGUCCACUUCACCCAGCAGAUAUUAAUAGCUAAUCUUAUAAAAUCUUGUAAUAUUGUUCCUGUAAAAGCAUAUGGUACAUCGAAAGGAUUCUCGCUUGGUGUUCUAGUCAGUGCAUAUUUCAAUGGAAAUUUGACACUGCAAGAUGCUACUGAAUACGCUUAUCAUAUAGCUUUGUCUGCACAAUCCAUUACCAGCCAGGAUAUGGAAACCAAAGAUAUUAUGGGGUUAAUGAAGGGAAAUAAUAAAAUCGCAAUUAAGUUACAAGAAAAUCUCAUGGAUAUAUUAAACAGACCCGAAAUUCUAGAGGGACUAAAUGAUUCUUGUUUUAAUACUAAAACUUUCCUUGAGAACUGUUUCGAAAACAAUAGUACGAGAAAUAUAUUGAAAAACGAGUGGGCAUUUUUGGAAAUUGGUGAUGGAGAAGCUCUCCAAAUCUUACAAAAGGGAACAAAUGCCUUCAAAAGAAAAAAUGUUAUCCAAUGCGAUGGUGAUUUUAAUUCCAUUUUGAUUUCAUUUGGAAGAUUAUAUGAAAUAGGAUUUAAUCCUCAAAUCCAGAAUUUAUAUCCAACCGUCGAGUUUCCUGUGAGUAGAGGGACUCCCAUGUUAAGUCCAAAAAUUAAGUGGAACCAUGACAGAGAAUGGUUUGUCGUUAAAUAUCAAUCAAGUCAACAUCUUCGGGAAGAAAUUACAACCAAAAUUAUGAUCAAUGAUUCAACUUAUACCUAUUUAACAGGACAUGUUGUUAAUGGAAGAAAUCUGGUACCAGCUACAGGAUAUUUGUAUUUUGUAUGGAAAGCUCUCACUGAUAUGUCAGGAUAUAUUGGCGAAGAUUUGACAGUAGUCUUUGAAAAUUGUAAAUUUAGAAGGGCGACAUCAUUGCCGAAAGCCGAAACCAUAUUGGAACUUACAGUACAAAUUCAAAUAGUAUCGGGAAAUUUUGAAGUAAUCGAGGGCGGAGAAACUGUGGUUUCUGGAAAAAUUUAUCAUUUACUUGAUGGUAAACCUGUUUUGGAAGACCAUCAGCAGCCAUCCGUAAAUACUGACGAAACUCCACACAUGAAUGGGAAAGAUGUAUACAAAGAACUGAGGUUAAGAGGAUACAAUUACAGUGGAAAAUUCCGUGCAAUUCACUCUUGCGAUGCAAGCGCUCAACUAGGUAGCAUAAAAUGGGAGGGUAACUGGAUAACUUUCUUAGACAAUAUGCUGCAAAUGAAGAUUCUAGGAGAGGACACCAAACUACUAUAUGUCCCAAUUUUUAUUCAAAGGCUAGUGAUUGAUGCAAGUAGGCAUAAUUCGUAUGUAAAGACUUUCAGUGAAGAAGUUCCAAUCCUCCCUGUAACUAUAUCAAAAGAAACUGGCAUUAUUAGAUCCGGAUAUGUAGAAAUUAGAGGAUUAGUUGCUAGUAGUAUAGCUAAAUCUAAAUACAAAGGCACCCCAGUCAUUGAAAAAUAUGUUUUUGUUCCUAAUGUUAGCUCACUUUCUACAGAGGAAGCCAUAAGAGCCAAUAUGCAAAUUUUGUUGGAGAAUUUAUUUAGUUUUAAAGUUAAAGUGGUUGAAUUAAUUGAUGAGGCUACUUUAAGCGGAAACGUAUCUUUAGCUGAAACUAUCUCCAAUGUUUUUGGUGAUCAACCAGCAAUCCAACCAGAUAUUACAGUUUUAACUGAAAGCGACUUACAGAUACCAAAUGUAAAAGUGGAAAAUAAGAAGCUUUUGACAGAAGUAGAUUGUAGCUUAGUUGUGGGUAGCAGAAUUUUGCAACGAAGGAAUGUUUUGCAAUUAGCUUUUUCUUCUCUCAAAGAAAAUGGAUUUAUUCUUUCUCGAGAAGCAUUAGAUUUUAAUGCUGAUUCCAAUAAUAAUAAGGAUAUAAAUAUUAUUACAAUUUUCACCACAGAAGAAGAAAAACUUGUGCUCUUUAGAAAGCAGACUGAUUUUAUCGAUUCUUCUCUGCUAAAAAUUUCCUCCAAAGAUACUGAGUUUAGUUGGGUCGCUAAACUACAAGAUGAGAUAGCACACAAUAAAAAUGUUGUGAUUUAUGCAGAAGAGGACCUAAUAAAUGGUGUAUUGGGAAUGGUUUUAUGCUUACGACGAGAAACAGGAGGUCAAAAUAUUCGAUUAGUUUCUCUACUCGAUCCUACAGAAGAAUUUGAUGUAAACUUACCUUUCUACCGAGAUCAAUUGAGUAAGAAUUUGGCAAUAAACAUAUACAAAAAUCGCCAGUGGGGCACUUAUAGACACUUGCUAUUGGGAGAUACUAAUAAAGUUGAAGCUGACCACUGCUAUCUAAACUCUUUACGCAGAGGAGAUUUGUCUUCUUUAACAUGGGUGGAAGGACCCCUGUCUAUCAAUAAGAAAAUGGAUGUCGAGUCAACUUUAGUUAAUAUUUAUUACUCAGCUAUAAACUUCAGAGAUGUUAUGACAGCUAUGGGAAAAAUAAACGCCGAUAGUAUAAUUAAGGAUAGAAAAGAACAAGAGUGUGUUCAAGGCUUUGAAUUUUCUGGAUUAACUGACAGUGGUGUGAGGGUUAUGGGUAUAGGGAAACAUGGAGCAUGCGCAUCUUUAGUAGAUGGAGAAACUUGUAUUUGUUGGACAGUGCCAGAAUCAUGGACUCUACAACAGGCAGUUACAGUUCCUGUAGUUUAUGCCACAAGUUUAUUGGCUUUAAUGGAGUACGGAAAAAUGCAACCUGGAUGUUCAGUGCUUAUUCAUUCAGGCGCAGGCGGAGUUGGACUGGCUGCUAUACAAAUAGCUUUUCACGUGGGAUGCACUGUCUAUACCACGGUCGGAACUUUAGAAAAAAGGCAGUUUCUCCUGAAACGAUUCCCGAAAUUGAAAGAUCAUCACAUUUCAAAUUCAAGAUCAGUCGAAUUUGAAAAUCACAUAAUGAAAGCUACAGAAGGUAGAGGAGUGGACAUAGUUUUAAACUCGCUCGCAGAAGAAAAAUUAAUGGCAUCAGUUCGCUGUUUGGCCAAAGGAGGACGAUUUGUUGAGAUUGGAAAAUUCGAUAUGGCCAAUAAUAACACUUUACAACUAAUGAUUUUAGAAAAAGAAGCCAGUUUUCAUGGUGUUAUGUUAGAUAAAUAUGCCAUCAAUCGAGGUCGAGACCAAAACAUGUUUAUCCACAAAUUAUUACAGGAUUAUUUGGAUCUUGGAGCGGUAGUUCCUCUACCAGAAAAUAUGUUCAAAAUCAAUGAAGAGGAAGCUGCUUUUAGAUUUAUGACCACUGGAAAACAUAUUGGGAAAGUUUUUAUUCAGAUCAGGGAAGAAACGGAAAGCUCUUUGGGAAAGAAAUUUCCAUGCAUACCAAGAUAUUAUUGCGACCCAGCAAAAACUUAUAUUAUAUGUGGUGGUCUAGGCGGUUUCGGUUUAGAGCUUGCUGACUGGUUAAUUUUGAGAGGUUGCAGAAACUUAGUUUUAACUUCAAGAACUGGAGUAAAGACUGGAUACCAAGCAUAUAGAUUAUCUAUUUGGAAAUCCUAUGGAUGCACCAUAAAAAUAUCUACGGACGAUAUUACUACUCAUAAAGGAUGUAUAAAUUUAAUAAAGACAUCUAGUGAAUUAGGACCUAUUCAUGCAAUAUUCAACUUAGCAGUGAUUCUUAAAGAUGCCAUAUUUGAAAACCAGUCAGCAGAAUCAUUUAAGAUUUCUUUUGGUCCAAAGGCGGAUGCAACUCAAUAUCUAGAUACUACAACCAGGGACCUAUGUCCAGAAUUGAGAGACUUUGUCAUAUUCUCUUCAGUAUCAUGUGGAAGAGGAAAUGCAGGUCAAACCAAUUAUGGAAUGGCAAAUGCUGUUAUGGAGAAAAUUUGCGAAAAAAGAAAAAACGACGGUUUACCCGCCCUGGCUAUUCAAUGGGGAGCUGUCGGAGAUGUUGGUUUAGUUGCAGAUAUGCAAGAAGAAUCAGUUGAAAUGGAAAUUGGUGGUACUCUUCAGCAAAGAAUAUCAAAUUGUUUAGAAGUAAUGGAUAUACUUUUGAAGCAAAAUGAAGCUGUUAUAGUAUCUAGUAUGGUAGUAGCAGAGAAAAGAUCAAGUUAUGGGGGUUCAGAUAGUAUAGUAGAUACCGUUGCAGCCAUUUUGGGUAUAAAAGACCUUAAAUCAAUACCUUUACAAGCGUCACUGACAGAAAUCGGUAUGGAUUCAAUGACUGCAGUCGAAAUUAAGCAGACCCUAGAUCGUGAACAUGACGUAGUCUUGUCAGCUCAGGAUCUUAAGCAGCUGACAUUUGCCAAACUACUGGAAAUUCAAGCUAAAAAAGAAUCCGAAAUGGGCACAGAGACUGGUAAAAAAGAAAAUCGAGUUGACGGAAUGGGUUUAUUCUUCCAAUAUAUGCCGAGUGAAGAAAUGUGUAAAAGCAAUAUCGUGGAAAUUCCACAGAUAGCUGACAAUUUCAAUUCCACUGUAGUAUUUCUUCCUGGUGUAGAGUCAUCCAUAAAAUCUUUGGAACCUUUAUAUCAAAAUACAAUGGCAAACUUAGUUGGUAUACAGUACCCAUAUAUCGAUCAGACAGAAACUGUCGAAGAAACGGCAUUAGCAGUUCUACCUGCUAUAGAAGAGAGGAUAUCGAAAAACCAACCAUUCAAUUUAGUUUGUCAUUCAUUUGGAUGCUUUGUAGGUUUAAGCAUUGCAAAUUUACUUGAACAAAAAGGAUACUGUGGCACCCUAAUUUGUAUCGAUGGUGCCCCAAAUUAUUUAAAAGCUGUGUUGCGGACUCUUGAUAUAGAAUCAGAAGAAUUUCAAGUCAAGUUUUUGGUUCACAAUUUAGCAGUAGGAGCGAGUUCGCAUGAAGUCGAUAGCAAACAAUUGGAAGCCUUGUACAAAUGCAACUCAUUUGAGGAAAGAAUUAGGGUGUUUCAAUCUAUUACCCCAUUAGAUGUAGAAGUUCAUUCAGCGGAUCAUCAAAACAUUUGUAUAUUAAAUACGUUUAAGAGGUUAAAGGCUAUGGUCAAUUGGAAGCCUUCUUUCAAGCUUCAGUCAAAAAUUAUUUAUUUUAAAGCAUCAGUGUUAGUAGGAGAUGAAAUUCCUGAUCAAGAUUUGGGGUUGUCCAAUCUAUGCGAAUCCCCUGUGGACGUAAAAGUGUAUGAAGGAAAUCAUUCUAGUGUGUUGAGAAAUCCGGAAGUUGCUGAAGCAGUUAAUGAAAUUUUAGGUUUAACACAGAAAAGUUGUUGAUUUA